AUUAACAAAAAUUCAAAUCCUUAACCAAAAAAAAAGAUAGAAACUUUACAUUUAUGAUUUAAGUACACGUCUACAUAUAACUCGUAAGAUCAAUCCAACUCCACUCUCCCAAAGAUGAAGGCGUCAAUAAAGUUCCGCGAGGAGAAGAACCCUCUCUUCCGAGCCAAGGUUCCUCUCAACAUCCUCGGCCUCCCGUUCCAAUCCGGAAUCGUCGCCGGAGAAUCCAAAGAACUCAGCCUCAACCUCACAACCUUCUUCGAAUCCGGCCCUUCUCUCAAACUCGCUUACCGCCCCAACUCCUCCGACAACCCAUUCUCCCUCAUCGUCAAAACCGGAACCGGACCCUUCGGUUCUCCGAUCUCAACCUCCAUGCUCAUGAGCGCCGAGUUCAACCUCCUCGGCAACAACAACAACACCCCAACCUUCAUGCUCCACUUCAAGCCCCGAUUCGGCGACUUCUCCGUCAAAAAGUCUCAUUCUUCCUCCGGAUUCGCCGGAGGUUUGCUCAGAUCGGAGGAGGAUUCGUCGAUCGAGGUCGUGGAGGCUCCGGGGAUUAGGAAAGUCACCGUCUUGCCGUCGACCUCCGCCGGAGAUAUCGCCGGGUUGUUGUCCGGUGUCGAGGUUGCGGCGAGGACGUCGUUGCCGGUGAAGGGACGCGCGGUGGUGAAUUUCAGGUGGGGGGUUAGGGUUCCGACGGAGAUCAGGCGUGAUUUCGAUCCGACGGUUGAGAUUUCGUUAAGGAGGUUUCCGUUUCUGGUGAUGGAUAAGAUAGGGAUCGAACACGUGGACGGGUCUAUCAAUGGGAAAGAGAGAACAAAACCCGCGAGCGAUCCGGGUAAGGUUUCGGGUUCGACGAGAACGAGUGGUGAUGAUGUGUGUUUGGUGUUGGAGGGGCUUCGGUCGGAGAAUAGAGAGUUGAAGAGAGCUGUUGAGGAUCUUAGGGGAGUGAUGGUGUCGAAUGUACGGACAUUCUCUCCGGCGGUGAUUGAUUACGGAUCGUAUUCGAAGUACCGUGAGGGUGAGAGGGGUAGCAGCAACAACAGUAGUAAUGGUAGAGGGAGAGGUGAACGGUGGAGUAGUGAGAGAACGACGUCGGAUUAUGGAGGGAAGAAGAGCAAGGAAGAGGGUGACGUGGCGGAGGAGCUGAAGAAAGCAUUGAAAGGAGCUUCUUCUUGAAUGGUAUGUGGGAACUCUCCCAUGUAGUCUUCUUGAUUUAGAUAUGGCUUUUGUAUAUAUAUGCGUUAAAUUACUACUGCAUUUUGGAAGACUUCUACUUUGAGAUUAUGUUUUGAACUCGUAAGUUUCUUGAUUUGAAUCAGUUUAAUAUGUUCUCACUUAGAUAUGAGCUGAAAUGUAUGAUCAAUAUCAAGUAUGGUUGAGC